UGUAAACAAUAACAUAACCUUAAUGUUGAGUUGUAUGCACGCUAAUACUGCUUCCUUUGAUAUUAUAAGUUGAUAAUAUACAGUUAACAUUGGUGUUAGUACUUUGGUAAAGUUUCAACAUGUCAUGCAUACUGUUAUAAAGUAUCCUGCAAUUAAAUAAAAGAUUACAAUUUUCAGCCUUGUGAGGUAUUAUUUGAUAAUAAUGACUGAGAGCAAUGUUGUAGAGAGGAAACCUCUUUCUCUAAAUAACUCUGGACUAUAUCUGAUUGGUUUAACUGGUGGAGCAGCUAUUGCACUGACUGUGGUUUGUGCUCCGUUUGUAUCCCCUGCGCUGAGACGGGUCUGUCUGCCGUACGUUCCAGCCACAUCCACCCAGAUUGAGAAUGUUCUUCAUGCUCUCAAGGGGAGAAAGGGGAAUCUACUAGAUCUGGGAAGCGGAGAUGGUCGAAUUGUUCUGGCAGCUGCAUCUGCAGGGUUUAAGUCCACCGGUGUCGAGCUGAACCCUUGGCUUGUUUGGUACUCACGGUUUGCAGCACUCAAGGCCGGUUUUCACCAGAAAACCUCGUUUUACCGCUCAGAUCUCUGGAAAUUUUCUUUAAAACCGUACAACAACAUUGUUAUUUUCGGUGUACAACAAAUGAUGGAAGAGCUGGAAGAAAAAAUGACAAGAGAAGUGAGCGAAGACACGUACGUCGUUGCGUGUAGGUUUCCUCUUGCCCACCGGAACCCUGACGCGACGAUAGGCACAGGACUAGAUACUGUGUGGCUUUACAAGUUUAACAGGUAGCAGCAUCAGUUCAAAUGUUGUUAUCUAGUAGAUUCAUUUGUAAAUAUAUUUGUUGAGGUGUUAUUUAUGCA